UCAUGUACAGAGGUUAAAGGGAAGGAGCCCUCUUGGGUCACUGGACCCUCAACGUUAACUCUUAUUAUUUUCUUAAUUGAAUGCCCAGUCACGGUGACGCUGAGCAGGCUGAAGUUGAAGAAACUCUGAAGAGAAUUCAGAGCCAGAGGGGUGUGGUAGGCGUUAUCGUUGUCAAUGCAGAAGGUAUACCCAUCCGGACCACCAUGGACAAUGUGAGCACAGUCCAGUAUGCGGGACUUAUCCACCAACUGUCAAUGAAAGCUAGGAGUACCAUCCGGGACAUCGAUCCACAGAAUGACCUCACGUUUCUCAGAAUCCGCUGCAAGAAAAAUGAAAUCAUGGUCGCACCUGAUAAGGAAUAUUUGCUGAUGGUCAUACAGAACACCAAUGAAUCGUCUCUGUAACAUUACCUGGGGAUCCGGGGGGGUACCUUUGAACAGUUUCAAGACUGUAUGGAAACACUCAUUUACACAAUGGUGAUUGGAGGCAUUGAGUUCUCAGUGCGCCUGCUCAAGACCACAACUAUACUCACUGCAGUGUAAUUCCUGUGCUUUUGUGAUGCUUUUCCUGAAACGAGUGACUGUGGUCUCUUUCUUCCUCAAGUAGUUGACUGACUGUAUUGCUCAUGGCCCAGUGCCUUGCUGCUUGUAACUGGUCAUGUGUUUGUUCAUUUGCAUUGGACACCGACUAUCAAGUGUUGCAGCAGAGGCAGUCUCUAUUUUUAUUGGUCAAGUUCCAUUUUAAACACCAUCAAUCAGUAUUGGAACGAAUACUGUGCAGAGCUUUCUCUUGGGAAAUUGGAACUGAUUCCCAGUGUAAUUUUCUGUGUUUAACACAUAAUGGUGACCUUAUUUAAAAUUGUAGUGCUUUGGGCCUUCAAUAGCUAACCAUUUUAUUUUCAGCUGUGUAAGGAUUGGUUUGUUGUCCUGCCCAGAGUACUCAGACAGAGCUAGGAUAAAUGUAAUUAGAAUAUAUUUAGAUUGGGAAAUCAUUGUCAUUAAAAGGAUUGAUCCUCAGAGAAGGAGAGCGCUGAUCUGUCUUUCAGAUUUUUAAUUAUUUCCCAAAAUAAAUGUUUGGUUAGAAAGAUGUAUGCUCAGGCUGUAAUCGACAGCAGCUACUGGAACUGUGUUAACAGGUGACAGCGUGCAGACUGGAUAUAAAGAUUGGGUGAGGCAGAAAAGGAGGAAAAAAAAUGAAAAAUUGUUUUACCGAAAAUAAAGACUUAUUCCAUAAACA